CAGCACACUGUUUGUCUUUCUCAUCUCACAUAGAAUGAUAAAGCUGUUCGGCCCACCAAGUCUGCGCCAACCAUAUUAUUCUCCCCUCAUUCCCAUUCAGUUUCCCCAAAAUGUUGUGGGCUGCGUACAAAUCUUCUAAAUAUACCUCUUCUGAAUUACUCUCACUGAAGUUUUCAGCAUGUAAUAUCCCUUUGAGUGCUGUCGCAAGAAAGCAGCAUCCAUCAGCGAGGACCCCCCACCCCCCCAGGCUGUGCUCUCUUCUCACCGCUACCAUCAGGAAGAAGGUACAGGAGUCUCCGGACACACACUCAGGAACAAAUACUAACCCGCAACCGUCAGGUUUUUGAACCAACUUCACUCACCCCAUCACUGAACUGCUCCCACGACCUAUGGACUCAUUUCAAGGACUCUUUAUUUCUUGUUCUUGCUAUUUAUUGCACAUAUAUUUAUUACUACUAUUUCUUUUCUUCUUUUGUAUUUGCAGUUUGUUGGCUUAUUUAUAUAUCCUGUUAGGUGCAGUCUUUCAUUGAUUCUAUUAUAUUUCUUAGAUUAGCUCUGUAUGCCCAGAAGAAAAUGAAUCUCAUUGUUCUGUGCAAAAGUCUUACGCAUCCUAGAUUUUUAUACAAAUUUUGUUUUAGAUGUGUAUGUUUUGUCAUCUGCAUUAGUGGAUCAGGAGAAAGAGCAAAUUUUAGAUUUCCAUGCAAUCAUUUUCCAAAAAAUUGCAUGUUACAGAGAAUUUUUUGUAUUUAGUUAAAGUAAGUGACAUACUAAGUUUCUUCGACCAUUAUCCUUUGUCUUCUAUGGGCAAGCCAGUUCUGAAUCCAAAUGGCCAAUUCACCAUGGAUCCUACGCAGCUUAACCUUCUGGAUUUGCCUCCCAUGAGGGACCUUGUCAAAUGCCUUACUGAAAUCCACAUAGGCGACAUCCACUGCACUACCAUUAUCAACCGCCCUCAGCACCUCGUUUGCUUCAAAAUCCCCUUGCCUAUUAAUACGACUGACACUGAUCUCCCUAUCCUCCACACUUCUUUUCCCUUGGUAAAUACUGACGUAAAGUAUUCAUUAAGAACCUCAGCACAUCCUCCAUAUCUAAGCAGUUGUUCCCCCCUUUAUUUUUCAGUGGCCCUACACUCUCCCUAGUUACCCUCUUGCUCUUGGUGCUCUCUUUAAUCCUACUUAUCAAGGGCUUUUCAUGGCCACUUCUGGCUUUCCUAAUUCCCUUUCUGAAUUCUUUUUCUGGCUUGUUUAUAAUCCUCAAGGGCGCUCAAAUUCAGCAGGAUGCUUCCUGGACUGGAGGCGUUUAAUCACAGAGGAGAAAUUAGAUAGUGCUGACUUGUUUUCCACAGAGCAAAGGAAGCUCAGGGAUAGAAGCUUGUAAGAUUGUGCAUUGUAAGCCAUAUGGCCAAAAUCAAAUUCAGGAGAGCAUAGGUUUAUUGCUUUUAAAGGAAAGUUUAGAAGCAACUUAUUCUUACAUGCAGGGUGGCUAACAACUGGAAUGCAUUGCCAGAGGAGAGAAUGGAAACAAACAAAUUCAUAAUGUUUAAGAGAUAUUUAGAUUAAAACAAGCAAGGGGUGGAAGGAUGCAAUUCUAAUGUAGCAAAUGGGUUUAUUGCAGACGUCAGCGUGCAUCUGAAGGGCAGAAAGGCCAACGUCUCUGCUGUACGACUCGCCCUCUUUUUUUUAGCAUCUCCAGUAUUUUUCUUUUGUCUUCACUUUUGCAACAGAUCUGGAUUCGUUUUCAUUCUGCACAUACCAGGGAGUGUUUAUGCAGUUGGUGAUCAAAUUGGUCCUGAUGGGUGGGUCACACUUUUCGUCAUAUUUUGCAAAUGCCAGGUUUUAGUGCACAGCCUCGCUGGGUAGCUAAACAUGAAUACAUUUUAAAAGUUCACACUCUCAAUUCUGAUCCCUUUGAUAUAUUUAAGGUUAACUUUGACACAUGCAUGGAUUUGCCCCGAUCGCCGUUUUUCAUCAGUCACGAACAUGCAGCAUUCUGAGAUUCAUUUUGUCCCCCUUCCUAACGAACAACAAAUCGUAACGUAGAAGUCUCACAAGUGGUUAACAUAGCAUAUUUCGAGUUCUGGUUACUUCAUAACGAUUUUGAAAUGCAGUAAUAAUUUUGUAACCAAAUUAAUUGAACUUGUUUAUAUUCGGACUGAUAUUAUAAGUAUUCUUCUACAUACCAAAGUUAAGUUAUUUGGAAGUUGGUGGGUAAUGCGUGAUCUUGAGAAACAAUACGGUAAAUCAAAACACGGUACAUGUUGAACAUCCGAAACAAAAUUUUUAAAAAAUGCUGGAGCCGCUCAGAGGGUCAAGGCGCAUCCGUGAAACGAGCGCAGAGUAUUUCAGGUAGGCUUGAAGUCUUCAUUCUCUUUCUCUGUCCAUAGAUGCUACUGAUCAGCUGAGUGUUUUCAAGUUCAAGUUUAUUAUCAUUCAACCGCAUAAAUAUAUAUGGCCUCCGGGUCAAGGUGCACAAUGCUGUAUGUAUAACUCACACACAACACUGUAAUACUACUACAGACAACUUAACUCAUAAAAAAAGAUCCAUUUACGAUCGAAGUUGAAGAGUAAACAAUAUAAAGCUCCAGGCGCUUCAUAUGUUUUGAGACCUCGGUAAUGGCAAGGAGUUGGGUUGCUUCGCAGCCUGGGUUGUGGACAAAGAAGCUCUUUCCCACCCUGACAGUCCUUACUCUAAUGCUGCGGCACUUUCUGCCCAAUGGUAGGGGUUCAAAGAGGUUGUUAGACGGAUGGGAGAGAUCAUUGACAAUGCGAAGGGCCAUGUGUACGCAGCGCUACUGAAAAAUCUCACAGCAUUUUCAUGUUAGCUGCAAUUGCGCUCCUAUGCUUACGAAUACAGUACUGUACUAAAGUUUCAGUGCGGACAGUAAGCAGACAAUUCUGUAAAAUGGGGAAGCAGUGUAAUUCGGGAUAGUACAAUGCUUGGGUCAUCUAUAGUUGAAAUGUAACGAAUGCGGAUGUGGAAAUCGUCUAAUUUUAUAGCAUGAGAUUCUUGGAACAAACAAUGAACCAAUCAAAUGGAUGAACUGAUAUCUCACGGAUGUCCCACUGCGCAAGGUCUGUGUUAAAGGUGGGUACCCCUGUACUUCAUCCAGCAGCUGGAGCAUUACCAAAGUGAACGUGGCUUUCAGGCGAGUUCAUUCGCUCCAGAAAGUAUGAGGAACGCGUUCACAUCAAGCAGAGCACUCUGACUUUAAAAAGCAACGUCCCAGAGCAUUCUGCUGGCGUUAAUUUUGGCUGAGAACUAGCAUUGCAGCUUUAAACUACCCUGGAGCGAUUGUUUGUUCCCACAGCGGAGGCGCUUACCACUGGAAGCAAAGUUGGACUCCAGAGCAGCCGAGGCUGGGCAGCGCUCACUCCGUCUCCGAGACACUGCUACCGAUCAGCAGCUCGAGUCGGACUUCGGGGGCACUGGCUCUUAAUUUCCUGGGCGUGAGCAUCACCGGACAACAAGGAAGUCGGUGUAAAGGAUGUCGGCUUGUGGUAACUUCAGCAGCGUGCAGAAAGGUAGCAGUGUAAAGAGCAGCCUUCUCCUGUUCACCGCGGGGCUGAUCGGCAAUAUAAUCGCGCUGGCGAUACUCUGGAAGCACAGGAGGGAGAGCAAGGGGCAGGUGUCUGUCUUCUACAUUCUCGUCACUGAGCUGGUGGUGACUGAUCUACUGGGAAAAUGCCUGAUUAGCCCAAUAGUGUUCGUGUCCUACGCUACCAACCGUACUUUGACAGCCCUGGCAGACCAAAACAGCCUGUGUCUCUACUUCUCUGUCGCCACGUCCUUCUUCGGCUUGGCCUCCAUGUUCUUCCUGUUUGCCAUGGCACUGGAGUGCUGGCUGUCUAUAAGUCACCCUUUCUUGUAUCAGAAGUACUUCACCAAGCGCCGGGUGGUUAUCAUUUUCCCCGCGGUGUAUUUCUGCAGUCUGUUCAUUUGUUUGAUGCCCUUGUUAGGACUGGGCAGGAUCAAGCAGUACUGCCCGGGGACCUGGUGCUUCUUUAACAUGACCAAUGACGACAGUAAGUCCUUGUUCUUCUCCGUGCUUUACGCGACUCUCCUGGCGAUCCUCAUCGCCGCCGUGCUGGUGUGCAAUAGUUCCGUGGCCAUCAAUUUAACCAGGAUGUACCGCAGGCACAAGGAGCUGGGCGGCAGCCGCGGGAAACCCUUCGAACGCCACCAGGAGCUGGACAACCUCGUCCUGUUGGUUCUCAUGAACGUUAUUUUCCUCAUCUGUUCUCUGCCUCUCACGAUUCGUGCAUAUAUUGGUGCAUUUGCUCCUGAUGGCAAAGAUGAAGAAGAUUUGAUUGCCCUAAAGUGUGCUUCAGUGAAUUCGAUCGUUGACCCAUGGGUUUUCAUAAUUUUCAGAACAUCUGUUUUUCGGAAACUACUUUUUGUGUGUUUCAAAGAUUCCUCCACAAGAAUGAACUUACAGUCAGUGCCUGCUGUUGAAGAUUAAUACACCAUACCUGAUAGUGGAAUUAUUUUAUCGCCCUGCCAUUUCUUUGAUUUUUCAAGUUGAAAUAGAAGUGGAAGCUCUUCAAGAGUGGAAGAACGAUGAACACUCAACAACGUUCCAUAGUAAUGGGCAUUGCUUUUAAAGUUGGUAAAGACAUUCACAAUAACUCUAAAGCUCUUAAAGUUGUGAAAGGCACUACUCAAACUGGAGCAGAAAAAAACUAAGAUUAAUUUAUGCAGUUGUAACAUUCUAUCCGUAAGUUGAAACCUAUAUUAUUAAAUGAUUCUAUGUAUGUAUAUAUUCAUAAGGUUUGCAUGCUUGUUAAUGAUUGUCUCUGGCUAAAGUAUGACUCUAUACGAUUUCAAUAAUAAUAUAUUUAAUGGACAA